CAGCCAUGGAGACUUCAAUCCUGAACGCGGCACACGAAAGACAGAGGAGAGCAGAAGCAUUAUUGCAAGAAGGACGGUUCGAGGAAGCAGCCAAGUGUCAUGAAACAGUGGCCAGCCUGUUAGGAGAAGCCCAUGCUCAACUCGAGUCCAACUACGUUCACUUGAAGACCUCCAGCUUAUCUAGUCAAACUCCUCCAACUGUGAUUACCUCUUUUAAUUCUCUGGUCACUGUAGAGUCUCUUGCGCUCCAACGGGACUAUCACAAAAGACAAGCUGCUGUAGUUAGAAUGAAACAAGCACAAUACGAGGAAUACAAAGCUACACUGGAAAAUCAACAAAAAGAAAUUCUCAGUAAACAAGCACCCAAGCAGUUGGAGAAGGACACAACUGAACUACCAGUCGAUAAAUUUGAUGGAUCUCUGCGUCAAGCUAUAUAUAGGACAAUUGAAGAGCAAGAUAGUCUUUUAGGCUUAAUUUCAUUACCAAAUAACGAGGAUAAAGCGUUCAAGCAUCCGAAAGACACCGGUACGGUUAUCGAGGAACUGAAAACUGUGAAUUGUCAAUUGCGCUGUUUGGUUGGCAGCUUGCUAAGUCAGUUAGAGGCCAAGGAGGAGGAGGUGCGCCAGCUGACAGAGCAACUACACGCUGCGUCCGUCAGUCCUAACGACGACACCCGAUUAGAUAAUCCGCAUUCCUUGCGUCUCGCGCCCUUGCCACCUUUAACUCCGCUCGAGAUGCCCCUUUUCGACUUCACGUCUACGUAAAAUGUUACGUAACGGUUCGUUGUUUUCAGUCGAAUCUUCCAUGACACGCAAGAUACCAAUACUGUCUGUAAAAUCAAACC